AACGAAAAAUUUACAAUUUUUAGUUAUUAUUGGUGGUAUCAGAUACAGAUAUCAGAUAGUAUCUUUGUGUACAUAAAACCUCAACCAUUCAAUGUAUAGGAUAUCUUUUUUGUAGAAUUAUUUAAUAUAUAUUUUAACUACAUUUUUAUCCCUUUUACUUGUUGUGUUUUUACUAUUCUUCUUAAAUUGAAUCUGUGAAGCUCUGGGAGCAAUCAUAUCCAUUUUCUUUUAGUUCUGGCCUUCAUCAUGUCUCAUUCUAAUUCUGAUGCCGAUGAGUAUCAUUUUAUUGGUAAUAUUGUACGAAAGCAAACAAAGUAUGGAAGCACAGUUAACCACUCGUUCAAGGAGCCCCGUUAUAUUGAACACAAGCUUCAACCCAGCGAUACUUUACAAGGAUUAGCUUUAAAAUAUAAUGUUUCUAUGGAAAGGAUAAAACGCGCGAAUAACCUUUGGACCAGUGAUAGUCUAUUUUCAAGGAGCUCAUUAAAUAUACCUAUUGCAUUGGACAAUGGUACUUCAUCAUCUUCAUCUCUAUCUUCGCCAUCAUCACUUGUAUUUAACAAUGGAAACAUUACUUCAAGAAGCACAGAAAAUAAUGAAACAAAUAGAUCAUAUGCUUUUACUGAUGGGAUGAGUGAAAUACGCUGCGAUGAUGUAUUUUUAGAAGAGGAAAACAAUGAAGCAUCAACACAAUCAACAGCCUCAUCAUCAUCUUCGUCAUCUAACGCUUCAACAUCCGGACCCAGGAGGAAUAGCAACAGUAAAUCGAGAAAAAAGGAUAAGAAAAGGAAAGAAAAUGUCUAUGAAGCUAGUCAGACUUCUAAUGGAUAUGAUGGAAAUUGUACAUUGGACUCAGAUGAUAGCAAAGAAGAAAGUGUGGCUGAUUUUCUAAUUCGUAUAGAUUGCUAUAUUGCCAAAUCAAAGAACCAAGUCAAUUCUAUUAUGAGACAAGGGUCCAGACUCACAAAUACAUACUCAGAUGAUGACCUUUUUAGAACAAGUUUAGGUCAACAGACAAGAUCAAAUGUAUCCUCGUCUACUAGCUACUUAAAGAGACAAAAUUCAACAGGUAAUGGUGCGGUCUCUUACAGUGGCCUUCGAGCUGCUGCUAAUGAAAGUUCAAAUGAAUUGCCUCAAUCAUUAGUUAUGACCCAAGGAAGGAAGGUCAUGUCUUCGUUAAAAAGAUUAGAGCAACAACAAGAUGAAAUGUUUGAAUUAUGAUGAUUUGGAUAGCGAACGAUUAAAUGAUUAUUGUUAUUUGUUAUUUUAUGAA